AUGAUUGGAAUUGGAACGACUGGUAACCUGAUUCUGGACUUCCUUGCGAGUAAUAGGCAUCCACGAACCGAUACCAUUUUGGCAUGUGCCACCAUACUCCUGGGCAUCAGAUCUCUGUGCAAACUCAAGUCUCUGACGGCUCCGUCUCUGUCCCUUGUGUGGCCAUCAUCCGAAGAAAAGAAAGACAAGGAGAGCACACGCAACUGCGGUACAACGGGUACAGCCGGAGCUACCGAACCAAAUACAGGCUCCUACUCACCCAUCCAAGGCUUACCUGAAGACAUUCUACUACAAAUCUUUUGUGACCAUCUGAACUCUCCAUUGGAUCGAUUCAACCUGCAAUGUGUCAACAAAAGAUUCCAGGAAAUCAGCGAAUCUCCCCAAAUGAUGAAGAAGCUGCAGAUACUGCCACCAAUAGUGAAUGCUCGUACUACUGCUCUCGACAUUGGCGUUGAUGUGGAUGCUCCUACAAGUAGUGCAAGUACCAGUGAAGGUAGCAUCCGGUGCUUUCUCCAGAAUGACACACCGAUCACAGCCACAAAAAGAUUCUUGCCAUUUGCUCAAGCAGGAAAUCCUGAUGCCAUUUUCCUCCUGGGAUUGAUAGCAACCUAUGUGGAAGAUGACAUCCAUACGGGAGUGGCAAUCUUUGCAUCCACACUCCACCAGGUCUCCCCGAGUCAUGCUCGAUCUCAGGCGGAGUUGGCAAACAUUCUACUGCGACAAGGUCCCUCGACGAAACAACUGGGACUCCAAAUCAUGCAGCAAAUAGCCGAUUCCUCAGCACACCCUCACGUCCUCUUGGGGCUCACCAACCGGCAUGUCCAUCCGCAGCCAGGACUGGUUCGCUCGGCCAGAAAAGAGACAGAAACCAUCCAUCACAUUGUCAGCGGAUUGGUACAGUUGAUCGACCAGAAACCAGUACCUCCUCACCACCGCCGUUUGAAACUGGAAAAGUGCAUCAAUCCACACUGUUACCGAAGGGGGUACCACACGGGGCGACGGGCUCAGAGCCGCCACUGGCUCAAGACAAAAGCAUUCACAUCGGCGGAUCAGUGGGAAACCUUGCGCAAUGACAUUACAUGCAUGCAAACAACAACAUGUGCCCCCACUCAUCAUGAUUUAUUGCCCGACAAUGUACAAGACCAAAUGUAUCGUGUGCCUCCCUUCCAUCGCUGUAACAGAUGCCGCGCCAAAAAGGCGCUCUACUGCAGUAGGUCUUGUCAGUUGCAGCAUUGGCAAGACCAUAAACCUGAAUGCCGCCGAUUGCAACAUGCCAGAGUAAACGCCCAAGGGAUUGCUCAAGCCUUUGGGCUGGAAGGUGAUCCACGGAGAAUUGAACAAAUUCGGCAACACAUUCUUGCGGGGCGCCGGGCUUUCCGCAUCCUAGCGCCAGUAGCUGGAGCGCAAGACAAUAAUGAUGCUGCCAAUAAUGAUAAUCCAUAG